CUGUAAUUCCUUCCUACCAUCACAACGUGGCCGCUGGUCGGACGGUCUGGAUUGUCUCUCGUGUACAUGUCCCAGCGGCGUUCCGUAGCUCAACGCACAACAAAAGACAUGCAGCGGAAAACGCGCAGGCACAAAUAUUCUCCGUACUCCGUACUUCACCCCAACUUCGCGCCUUUCCACUUUCCAAAGCCUGUCCCCGGAAAGAGAGCAUCAAAACGGAUGAAUCCCUCUCUGUCCGACUCUUCAAAACCCCUAUGGAACCCUAGAAAUCCUUCAAAAUCCCUCUAGAAAUCCAUUUCGUCUUUUAUUUCUCUGUUUCUCUAUUCACAGAGGAAGGAGCAGGAAGAGGAGGAGAGAGAUGGGUGAUACUGAGAUAGUCGCUACGGAGGACGCACUUCAAGCUCUAAUCGAUCAUCUCGUCUAUCCGCUUCUACCUAUCAGAGCUUCUCUUCUUGAUUCUCCCUCCAUUUCUCAACAACAAUGUGUGGCCAAACAGAUGCAUGCAGUUGUUUUGCUUUACAACUACUACCACAGGAAGCAAUAUCCAGAGCUCGAAUUUCUUGGAUUCGAAUCGUUCUGCAAGGUGGCUGUAAAUGCCAGACCGAGUCUGUUGAUGCAUAUGAAAUUCAUGCAAAGAUGCAAUGAAAAAUCAGGCAAUCUGGACAAACAGCUUUCAAUCACAGAGGAAAUGGUCAUGGAAGCCUGCAAUAUUUGUACUCAAUUAGAUGCUUCAAGGGAUGCACCUGAUAUAGAAGGAUGGCGGGUCUCGAAAGUUGUGAUCUUGGUGGUUGACUCAAUGAAGAGGAAUUGCUUGCUGCAAUUCAGCUCGAUGGUUCAGGGGGUUUGGUCACUUGUGGAAAAAAAUCUUGAUGUGCCAUAUCAUAAUCUGGAAGGUGCUUCAGAGAUGCUAGGCACAAAUAAAAAGAACAGAGUCACAAAGAGGUUGUGUGGAGAUGAAUCAGAUGCUGGGGAAGCUGCACUCCAACAAAUUGCAUUUUUGGCUGUCAAGGAGGUCACAGGCAUUGAUCAGACAGAUCUUACCAUUCUGGAAAGGCAUUUUGUAUACUCAUUAAGUAAAGAAAAGAGUACUGCUCGGUUUUAUUUAAUGCAGUGCAAUAAGCCAAUCAAUGAAGAAGUCAUACAAGUUCCUAUCAAAGAUGCUAUUAGCAGCUUGCAGGGCCCUCUGGUCAGGAAGAGUGUAGAUACUUGUGUGGCAACCUCUGUGGUUGAAUAUUUUCAUUUACUACCAUAUGUCAGUGUUGUGUCUGACUGGUUUUCCAGGGAAAUCUACACGGGCAGUUCACAGCUUUCGCCGGGGUGCCCAAGAAAUGUUGGCGAGAAUUGCUCUCUAAUAAUAGGCAUGCCUUGCACCAUGGAAGGUGAUGAUACCGGUGACAGAUCUGAUUGUUAUGGCCAAACCACAGACAUCCCAGAAAAUGAAACAGACAGAAUAAAAUGUGAAAUUGUUUACAAGGAAGAAAAUGAUGGGAACCAUAUGAAAGAGUCAGUGGGAGCUGUCUGUAUGCCUAAAAAAAUGUCUGAUGAUUCCUCCUUAAUUUGUCAUGGGCAACCACCUCCCAGUGAGGAUGCUGCCAAGAUUGCGAAGAAUAUUCAAGAUACACAUGUCGAGAAAAGGAAGAAGCCCCUUAUUCAGAAUGGUUCUAAGGCAACUGGAAAUGGCUUAAGAGACAAGGUUGAGAGAGUUGUUUCAUCUAAGAAGCCAUGCGCUACUGAAAAAAUAGGUGUAAAAGUUAAGAGUGGAGAUGAUGUAUGCCGCAAUGGUUCGUUGGUUCCUCAUGGAGUGACUGCAGGAGGACGUCCUCAGGGUUCUUUGGUGCGCAGUCCCCUAGAUCCUGAUAAAGCACCAGCUGUUUUGGCUUCAAAGGGAAAUGAGCUACUAGAGACUGCCUUACGAGCCCUUCAGAAAAAACAAGAUGAAUUGUGUCAUCAGCAUCGCCAACUGGCAGAUGAAAUUGCCCAGUGUGAAAAAAAAAUCCAAACAAUCAUGGGCGGAGGAGAAGACGGUUUUAUGUUAGAGAUAGAAUCGAUAAUUGAAGCAUGUAAUGCUGCAAGCUCUAAAGUAGGUAGCCAGACUCGACACUCACAUCAUGUCAAACGAAAGAGAUUGUCUGAGGCCAUUCUAAUUUUACGGAGUCCUUGUCAGGAAUUGGAUGAGAUAUGCUCCGAGAACAACUGGAUAUUACCAAGAUAUAGUGUUUCUCCCUCGAGUGGAGGUUUCCUUGCCAGCGUAACCAUCCAAGGAAUGGACUUUGAGUGCUCAGGUUGUGGCGAUGUGCGGAGCAAUCCUCGUGAAGCGAGGGAAUCGGCAGCAACGGACAUGAUGAGUAAAUUACGUAGUAUGGCAAGCCAACUCCAGUAAAUUACAAUUUUCAAAAUUGAAAGCUGAUAGUGAAUGCAUUUUCAUAUUAACUUGCCAUAAUAUGUGAAAUUAGAUAGAAUUAUAACAAGUACUUCUAAACUAAAUGUAGAUGCCCAUCACUACAAUCCGUUCAUGUUA